GUGCCAAUUAAUCUACCAGAGCGUUUGUUCGGCUAAAGAAAAACAUCUAUACUAACUGACAAUGUUGCAACAUUCAUUAGCAUUUUACUCCUGUAGCACCUAUCUAACACUUGUUUAAUCUAAAUUAGGAAAGCAUUAAACUGCUCCUGAAAUCUCUUUUCCCUCUGUGGCCAGUAACAUGGCAAUAAAGUCCUGGCGCCAAGCACCCCAGUUGCUAAGUAACGCUAUUAAACAAGAGGAACCUUGACUUUCCUUGUUUGGUGUAGGCAGGCUAGGGAAAUGUAGAUAUACACAAACGGUCCAUUCCUGAUCUUUCCUUUUGACUUCACCACAACAUUUUGUGAGAUACGACUACCAGGUGAGAGGCUUCGAGCUGGUUCACAGGAGCUAAAGCUGCUGGCAUGUUUAUAAAACUGAAGACAAUCUCAUCACUUGAUUAACGUCAGCUCAGAGAGAAGAAGAAGAUAAAAUAUGUACCAUGCCCAAAGGAAAGGGAGCCAAAGGGACAAAGGUGACCCUCAAGAUUGCCAAAAAGGCGAUACGGAUGACCCCAGAUGGACGGCGCAGACUCACUCUUUGCAACAUGGGUAUAACAAUCUUCCCAAAGUGUCUCCUCAAACUGACUAACGUGGAUGAGUUGGACCUCAGCCGAAACCUGAUACAGAAACUCCCAGAUAACAUCGGGAACUUUUCGUCACUCAGAGGGCUGGAUCUACACAGCAACAGGCUGGAGUCUGUACCCGAGUCUAUCGGCAACCUGGUGGGAUUGACCCACCUUAACCUCUCAAACAACCGUCUAACCUCCGCAGGUUUACCCUCCACAUUGGGUUUUCUCUCCAGCCUCAAGAGUCUCAAUCUGGGGAUGAACCAACUUGACACCCUGCCUUCCACUAUGGUGGCUCUAGAAAGUCUCCAAGAGUUAGGCCUGUUUGAUAACUUCUUCAUCAAGCUACCGGAGUUUGUGACAAUCCUACGCAACCUAACUAAGGUCAACAUGAAACGAAAUCCUCUAUCAUAUGGUCAGGGGGAUUGUGAAGGGAUGCUGAAUGAAAAAUCUGAACCAGAGCAGGAUGUGUACCUGGUCCACGAGAGCAGUCUGUGUAGGACAUGCCUUAAGAGAUGUAAAGAGCAUAGGGAAAGGCUUACGAGAGGAGGAGGGGGAGGAGGAGGAGACAUGUUUGAGGACAAAAGGAUAAGGACUUAUCCAGGACUGAUGGUGCCAAACUCAGUGGCUACAGUCAAUCAAGAUGUGUGGAGAAUAAGAAAUGUGGAAUACAAGCCAAUCAAAUGACCAAACAGCUGCUGAUGUCAUUUUAACCUCCAUUUUUAGGCAGCCCUAAAAACUUAAUUUUAAAUAUUUGCAUAAUAUCUUAUUAUAUGUCACACAAUUAUUUUUUGGAUGUAUUUUCCAUUUCAAUUGAAGCAAUAAAGAGUAUGUACAUGUAACUGUCUCGUUAUAUUGCUGUUGGAUGACUAACUGAGGA